AUGAAUCACUCGAAGAAGGUAGGCUUCCAAAUCUCUGCACUUCCCUCGCCCCGAUUCGGCUUUGAUUCACUGAAACGGCGAUUGGUUCAGGUUCAUGCUCUGGUAGCGAGCAACGAAACGGUGAUUGAAGCUGGGAUCGGAGAUGAGGGAGCUCCACAGCUUGCAGAUGGGUUUGUAGAGGAAGGCGGAUCUGGGAUUGGGGAGGGGAAUCAGAAUCUCGACGAGGAGGCCGUCUCCGAGUUUGCUGAUGGCGGAAGGAGGGUGUAG